CUUCACUUAAUGAAUACCUCUAUUUAGCACUUCAAAUAUUUAAUGAGAUUAUAGAUGAAUAUUUACUGUUUUUAAGUGAUAAAAAAAGUUCUAAAGCAUUAAUUUUAGAGAAUAUUGCUAAUAAAUAUUUACAAAUUUUAAAUAAUUCUCAAGAUAUUCAUAUUGCAAAUUCUAAUAUGCAUUACCAAGUUAAGAAUAAUUAUUCAUGUCAAAGAGUUGGUGGUAUUGUAACAUUAAUGCAUAAAGAAAAAUUAAAUACUUGA